UUUCAUAAAUAUAUAUUUACCUAUUACCUACUCACUCGAUAGUGCAUAAUUGAACACCGCCGAUUGUAUACACUUCAACAUACAGACUUACAGACUCUUGGUAACUACGUACUUGUAAACAUUAUAUUAUUAUGCACAUUUUAUUAAGAUAUCUGUUCGGAGUUAGUCGACAGUCGUUGCUUAUAGUUAGUCAGUUUUUGAAUAGAACAUCAAACAGUACAUCUACAUGAAUACAGUAAUUGUGAUUGAAAAUUUUCUCAUCAUGGAAGUUAUAAGAGAUGUUAAAAAAAUAGUGCUCCAAGCAUUCGGAAAAGAGAAUAUGUUCGGGUUCGAGACGACCUUAGCUAAUCAGCUUUAUUUAAUUUACUGCAUGAUGGGUAAUAUAUAUUAUACUGAUAAAAUACACAAGAAAACGAAGGUGUUUUGGUUUUGUAGCACUUACUCAGUAUUUAUACAAAUCGUUGUGUCCAUAAUAUCAUACCUAAUCUACGGCAGACAGACUGGGGAUCUUGUGCUACUCAUUUACACCGGAUUUGCAACCAUUUUUGCUGUAAAUGAAUUAAUUGUGAAACCGGCAAUCGUAUUCUUAUAUAGAAAUGAAAUAGAACGAAUGAUUUUGGCGGCUGAUCGAAUACUGAUGAAAAAAACAAGUAAAUUUGAAAACGAAAUCGAAGUAAAACAUACAGUGAUAAAUGCUCUAAUGGCAUAUUUGAUACCACUUAUACCAUACGUUUUAAUUACGGUGCUGGACAUGGCGUUAUUUUAUGAGGAAGAAAAAGUACAUAAUUAUAAGUAUUACGUGAUACCUUUUUCUGGUCUUGAACAUCACGGAUCGCUGGGACUUUAUUCAUUGAUUACCAUUAUGACCGUUUGGCAGGGAUUCUUUUUUUUUAUUGUUUGCUCAGCUAAUCGAAUUUUGACAAUACCCUGGAUUGUUGUUUGUCAUAAUGAGACUCAACACAUCAUCAACGAAUUGAAUACAUUAAGCAAAGAUGUUGAUAUAAAUAUCGAUAAUUACAAAAGUAUGGAACCUAAAUUCAAGAAUGUCUUGAAAAACUGUAUACAAGAUACAAACAAUCUCAGAAGAUUCAUUUCAAUUUUUCGAGGCUAUCUGGAAGCCACAGCUGGUAUCAUACUUCCAGUUAUAUUAUAUGUUGAAGUUACCCACGCUUUGGUUUUCAUUUUGCCAGGUACUCCAAUCAUGGUGAGAAUGAAAGAAUUCUGUGUCUUCAUCUCAACUAUUCUAGAAGUAUACAUGAUCUGUUGGGUGGGAGCUACGCUUGAAGACAUGACAUCAGAUUUAUCCUAUGCGGUUUACUCUACACCAUGGUAUUGGUCCAAAAACAUUCGGAAGGACGUUUAUAUAUUUCUGUGCGAGGCGCAAGCACCAAUCAAUCCUGUCGCCCUCAGUGUUUAUCCAUUGACACUGGCAACAUUUCUUCGAUUUUGCAACGUUAUCAAUUCAACAGUGAACGUUUUUCGAGCCUACACUCAGAACGCAUAGACCUUCUACCUACUGUAUAAUUAAUCUAAUUCAAUUGCGGAUAAUAAUGCACAUAACUUUUCACAAAUUUUCCAAGCACCUACAUAUUUCGACAUUACCUAAGUUAAUCCGUCAGUAGAUGAUAUAGCAAUCAUUUAUACUAGGUACCUGAAUUGAAAGUUUGUUAUUUCAUCUGUGUAUCACUUUAACACUGAUAGAUGAAAUUUUUUGAAAUUUUAUGUAGCUUCAAAACGAAUUAUCUACCUAGGUAUGAUGCAAACAAAAACACCAAGUAAAGUUUAUGAAAAUUUGCUAUUAAAAUUUUAUCAUCUCAA